AUGCCCCCAAGGAUAAUUAAUAGGCGGUAUGCGCACAUAAAGAGCAAAGUAAAUUCAAUAACGGACCAUUCCCCAACUCCCAGCGAAGUUAAAAUCUUCCAUGAACCUCUAAAGGUCGUUGCAUCCCCCAAAGUUGGUUCUCUAGUUAAUGCUGAUCAUACACCCUUAGGAGGGAAUGUUCGCAUUUUGCAGAGGAAAUUGAAUUUUCGAGAGACUGCGAGGCCUAGAGUUGAUGCUAAAUCGGAAAUAAUAAUUCCGAAGAGUGAGAAAAGGAUUCCAACAGAAAAAUUAGUUUGGAAGGCUGAGGCAAAGGUUGGGUCUCUUAUUAAUGCUGGACAUCAACCUGGGGGAGGGCAAAAUAAAAUAUUUAAUGAACCUGUAAAAGUAAAGGCAAACUCUAAAGUUGGUUCACUCGAUAAUAUUACUCAUGUACCCGGUGGAGGAAAUGUUAAAAUUUCCGAUUACGCCCGAUCAAUCAGUGGUACUGGAAGCAUGCGAUCUCGACGGAAUACCGGAUCCUCAGAAUUGGCAGCACAAAGCCCCUCAACAUUAAAUGCUGAUAUUGACAGUCUUGGAGGGGAUAGUAGCGAAAUAAAUAAUUGA